AUAUUUUCAAAUUAAAAAAAGUUGGUUGAGUUAAGACAAGUGUCAGGCAGGACUGAGCAAUUAAUUGUCCAUAAGUCAUUGACAAUUUGUCAAAUAAUAAUACAAAAAAUAUCGGUACUUCAUACUUGUAUGCUAGUAUUUUGACCACAACCCAUUAGAUGCACAAAAAAAUAGACAAAAAGCAACAUUUUCAAACUGUAUUUGUCACAUGUUAAAUAUCCCAUUAAGUUUGUUUACAACCCGAUAUUAGACAAUCACUGUAAUGAUAUAAUUAUGUAAGUAAUAGGAGUUAUUAUACGGAACUUGUGAAACAUGAUUUAUAAUUACACAGGUAUGCGGAGUGCGUAGAACCAGUUCUGCCAGUUACGUCAAACCUCUUAAGAAAAAGAAAAAAAAACGGUGACUGAAGUUGAGAUAAAAUCUCCAGCCAGAAUUGAUCAGCAUCAGUCAGGUGCAUUUAUUAAGAGACCACGGUGAACAUCAUCACUUUGUCGCUGGACACAACCACCAGGAAGAAGACAUGGCAAGGACAGAAUCCAUCAUUUUCACUCUGCUACUUGCAGGAAUGGUGGGGACAGCAUUAGCAACAAAUACGACUGCAACGGCUGCACCCAACGCCACCGCGACUGUUGCAUCCAACGCCACCAUGACGGCUGCCCCCAACGCCACCGCGACGGCUGCCCCCAACUCCACCGUGACUACUGCACCCAAUGCCACCGCGACUGCUGCAUCCAACGCCACCAUGACGGCUGCACCCAACACGACCUUGACGGCUGCACCCAAUGCCACCGCGACUGCUGCAUCCAACGCCACCAUGACGGCUGCACCCAACGCGACGGCGACGGCUGCCCCCAAUGCCACCGCGACGGCUGCCCCCAACGCCAACGCGACUGCAGCCCCCAACUCCACCGCAACUGCAGCCCCCAACGCCACCGCGACAUCUGCACCCAACGCCACCGCGACAUCUUCCCCCAAUGCCACCGCGACGGCUUCCCCCAACGCUACCGUAACUGCAGCCCCCAACGCCACAGCAACUGCAGCCCUCAACGCCACCAUAACGGCUGCACCUAACGCCACAGCGACGCCUACCACCAACGCCACUGCGACGCCUGCCCCCAGCACCGCAGCAACUGCUGCACCCAACGCCACCAUGACGGCUGCACCCAACGCCACUGCAACAGCGACCCCCAACGCCACUGCGACGGCUUCCCCCAACGCCACCGCGACUGCAGCCCCCAACGCCACCGCGACUGCAGCCCCCAAUGCCACCGCGACGGCUUUCCCCAACGCUACCGCGACUGCAGCCCCCAAUGCCACAGCAACUGCACCCCCCAACGCCACCUUGACGGCUGCACCCAACACCACUGUGACUACUGCACGCAAUGCCACCGCGACGGCUUCCCCCAACGCCACCGCGACUGCAGCCCCCAACGCCACCGCGACUGCAGCCCCCAAUGCCACCGCGACGGCUUUCCCCAACGCUACCGCGACUGCAGCCCCCAAUGCCACAGCAACUGCACCCCCCAACGCCACCUUGACGGCUGCACCCAACACCACUGUGACUACUGCACCCAAUGCCACCGCGACGGCUUCCCCCAACGCCACCGCGACUACAGCCCCCAACGCCACCGUGACUGCAGCCCCCAAUGCCACCGCGACGGCUUUCCCCAACGCUACCGCGACUGCAGCCCCCAACGCCACAGCAACUGCACCCCCCAACGCCACCAUAACGGCUUCCCCCAACACCACUGUGACUACUGCACCCAAUGCCACCGCGACUGCUGCACCCAACGCCACCAUGACGGCUGCACCCAAUGCCACCGCGACAGCUGCCCCCAACGCCACGGCGACUGCAGCCCCCAACGCCACGGCGACUGCAGCCCCCAACUCCACCGCGACCUCUGCACCCAACGCCACCGCGACGUCUGCACCCAACGCCACCGCGACGGCUGCCCCCAACGCCACAGCAACUGCAGCCCCCAACUCCACCGUGACGGCUGCCCCCAACACCACCGCGACUGCUACACCCAACGCCACCGUGACGGCUUCACCCAACGCCACCGCGACUGCUGCCCCCAACGCCACAGCAACUGCUGCCCCCAACGCCACAGCAACUGCAGCCCCCAACGCCACCAUGACGGCUGCAACCAACGCCACGGCGACGGCUUCCCCCAACUCCACUGCGACGGCUUCCCCCAACGCCACCGUGACGUCUGCACCCAACGCCACAGCGACACCUUCCCCCAACGCCACUGCGACUGCUGCCCCCAACGCCACCGCGACUGCUGCCCCCAACUCCACCGCGACUGCCGCCUCCAACGCCACCGCGACGUCUUCCCCCAACGCUACCACAACUGCAGCCCCCAACGCCACCAUAACGGCUGCACCCAACGCCACAGCGACGCCUUCCCCCAACGCCACCGCGACUGCAGCCCCCAACGCCACCGUGACGUCUGCACCCAACUCCACCGUGACGUCUGCACCCAACUCCACCGCGACGUCUGCCCCCAACGCCACCGCGACUACAGCCCCCAACGCCACCGUGACGUCUGCACCCAACUCCACCGGGACGUCUGCACCCAACGCCACAGCGACACCUUCCCCCAACGCCACCGCGACUGCUGCCCCCAACGCCACCGCGACUGCUGCCCCCAACGCCACCGCGACUGCAGCCCCCAACGCCACCGCGACUGCAGCCCCCAACGCCACCGUGACGUCUGCACCCAACUCCACCGCGACAGCAGCUCCGUUCUCCUAUCUGUCUCUCAUAUGUUCACUUCUCUUCACGUAUUGCUCUCUGUGGGUUAAGUAGCUUCUUACCCAGUUCAAGAGCAACUGACUGAUGCAAUACCUCUCUAACUUAUUAAGAUAUAAAUAUUGUCUCAAAUGCUUUUGUUGGAUGCAAAAACACUGCAGCUGCACAUUGUUUACUCUCUAUUGCGUUGGUAAUUUCCUCGGUUAUUUCGGUUCUUACCUUCGAUGUUGAGAUGAUGGCUCUGUGUCUGUACUGCUUGUCCGCAUGUGUUCUACUGUUAUUUAUGAAUUUGUCCAAUCUGUUGUUAGGCAAUGUUUCCAAUAUUUUAGAAAAUUGUGGAAGUAGGGAAACAAGUAUAUUGUUUGUAAACUGUUGUUUGUUUCCAGUCUUAUAAAGCAGUCCAACUUUUGCAGUACUCUUUUUGUCUGUUUGAAACGAUAUGUAGCUGAUACAUGUUAAAGGUUCUGACAAUAUCUUUAAAACCUUUGCAGUACUCA